AAUAUGAGCCGUGAAUUUAGGAGGAAGCAAAGGGAGUCUGAAAUCGCUAGAAAAUUUGAAAACCCACAAAUUGACCAUGAAAAAGAAAAUAUUAGCAAAGAAUUAGAGGAGAUGUUUGACCAGACUCCCUUCUGGGAUAGAAUCAAGCUUCAGUACGCAGUCAAUCGAUAUAAUAAGGAGAGUCCAAGAUACAAGAUGAUAUUUGACCAUAAGUUCAGAUAUGAGAGAUAUAAGUUCAUCACCAGUCAUUCCAGGAGAACUAAGGGAAGGUCAAAAUUUAGGUCACUCGUGUAUUCAAAAUAUAAUGAUUUCCCAAUAGAAUGAAUCCAUUACAUGAAUUUUGUUGGAACUGCUGCUGAUGAUCCAAGUGAUAAUAAUGAUAAAGAAUCUUCGAAGAUCCCAGAAUCUGUUGAUAAUCAUUUUGAAAAUCCCUCUGAGCCUAAUAUCUUGAUUCGAGACAAACUUUUAAAAAGCUUCUCAAGGAUGCACAAAUUAGAACUGCUAUGUAAGUUCAUAAAUCUCGGAUUUUUCGGCUUUAUGUUUGCCUGAAUCCCUAUGCAAAAACUAAACAGAAAAGCAUUUUUAUCAAUCUCUAUCCCUGUUGUUGUUAUCAACUUGUUCUCAUUAGGACUCAGGGUCAUCAAAGGUGAAGAAUACAACAACCUAAUCGAUGAGCAUUAUUUCGAACAAGCGCAGGCAUAUGAGUACUUAUUCUGUGAAGAAAGGUAUGAAUAGUCGCUAUCCCCUUCAAUCGGCACUUUUCAACUACUUAA